AUGGCGACGGAGGACGAAAAUGCCUUCCACGAUGACCUCGGCCCGGAGGAAGACUCGUCCAUCAUCUCGGUGAGUACAUGGACAACUGCCCUUGAUACAGGCGACACGCCCAAGCACUCGAUCUUUCCGAUUGUCACAUACCAUUCUUUGAUUUCAUUGACUCCUUUUGCCCAUGCCUCCUCCGUUCUGGCCAUCUCUCCUGCAUGCCCUAGCACUAACCAUCUCCACCACCACCGGACACAGACACGGAACAUCGAGGCGUUCGGGCGCAAGGUGACCACCACGGCCAGCCAUCUCAUCGGGCCCCUCACCGACCCCCAGUCGGGCGCGCACUACCAGCAGGCCAUGAGCGAGAUGCACAAGCAGCUGCGCCGCCCGGGCGUCCAGCGCAGCGUCUUCUCCAUGACGCGCGCCUCGCCCGCCGAGGUCGUCCGGUCCAAGCUGUCGACGCGCGAGAUCCAGCACCGCGCCCUCGCCUACGUGCCCGACGAGCUGCUCGCCAGCAUCCCCGACGAGGACGACAACGCCUACUCGCUCUUCCAGGGCUUCCAGGCCAGCUUCCCCGAGCUGACCGAGGAGGGCAAGAAGCACCACGGCAGCCACCGCCGGCGCGUGUCGAGGGGCCGCAGGCUGAUCGACGAGGGCAAGCCCGCGACGCCCGACAGCCCGCACGCGCUGCAGCGGCUGCGCAAGGACAAGGCGGCCAUGAUGCACGAGCUCGAGAUGCUGGGCAUCCGGAAGAACAUGGCCAGCAGCGAGAUCCACGAGAUAGACAACAAGAUCGCCAACCUGGCCGGCAUGCGCAGGAUCAUCCUCGACAGGUUAGCCGGGCUGGAGCAGGAGGAGACCCUGUUGGAGCACGACGUCAUGGACGUUGAGGCGAGGAUAGAUGUGGCACAAGAGCUGGUCGACGAGGCCGAGUCAAUAGCUCAGCAAACACCCACAAAGUCAGAAGAGGAUCUGGCAUUGGACAAUGACAAGGACGCGCCCGGUUUCAUGUCGCAGUCUAUCUACGAGAAGAUACCGUCGACAGCGACCACUCCGUCCAAGAGCAAGAAGCCAAAGAAUGUCCGACGGAAGUCGGUGCCCAUUCUGCACGAGCACUUCGAGCCUGGCACAAACAUACGCGACAUUCGUGCCCACCAAGACCGGAUCACAGCCCUUGAUUUCGAUGCGCCUUUCGGGACGAUGGUUACGGCCGCGAUGGACGACUCGGUGCGCGUAUGGGACCUGAAUGCCGGCCGUUGCAUCGGCAUCCUGGACGGACACACUGCGUCCGUGGGAGCGUUGCAGGUUGAGGACAACAUCCUGGCCACCGGCUCUGUCGAUGCUACGAUCCGACUGUGGGACCUUAGCAAGGCGCACUACGACCCGCAUGGCAGCCAAUUUGGGACCAACGAGGAGGAGGAGGACGGCAUGGCGUUUGAGAACCCUGACGACGAGCCCGUAGAGCCCCCUGCCGACAGCAUGUCCGACUGUGCUCUCUUCACGUUACAGGCGCACGUGGAUGAAGUUACCGCGCUGCAUUUCCGGGGCGACGUUCUCGUGUCCGGAUCGGCCGACAAGACGAUCCGGCACUGGGAUCUGGAAAAGGGCCGCUGCGUCCAGACGCUCGACGUGAUGUGGGCCGCAGCACAAGCUUCGGCAACGCUGGCCACGGGCGAGGGAUCUUGGCGGCACACCGGCGGCAACAGGGCUCACGCCAACGAUGCCGACUUCGUAGGGGCGCUGCAGGUCUUUGACGCGGCGCUGGCGUGUGGCACGGCCGACGGCAUGGUGCGCCUGUGGGAUCUGCGCAGCGGGCAGGUGCACCGCAGCCUGGUGGGCCACACGGGGGCGGUGACGUGCCUGCAGUUUGACGACGUGCAUCUUGUUACGGGCAGCAUGGACCGGAGCAUACGGAUAUGGGACCUGCGGACGGGCUCCAUCUACGACGCGUACGCGUACGACCACCCGGUGACGAGCAUGAUGUUCGACAGCCGGCGGAUCGUGGCGGCGGCGGGCGAGGACGUGGUCAAGGUGUACGACAAGGUCGAGGGCCGGCAGUGGGACUGCGGCGCCGGGGUGCUGGCGGCCGAGGCGGGGACCAAGGCGUCGGUCGUGCAGCACGUGCGGAUACGCGACGGGUACAUGGUGGAGGGCCGCCAGGACGGCGUCGUCGGCGUGUGGACCUGUUAA